ACCUUAAGCUCCACCAAUUAAUCCACCCCAACAAAUAUUCUCUCUCUCUCUCUCUCUCUCUCUCUCUCACUCUCACUCAUAUACAUUUCUGUAUCAUAUAUUGAUGGGUAUCUGUGCUUCUUCCCAAACCACAAUGGGUGGUGGUGGUGAUAUGAACUGGCCACCGUCGACCGCCAUGAUAAUCAACUUUGAUGGGAGGCUCCAAGAAUUCCGGCAACCAAUCACGGCAGGCUCAAUCCUCAACCACCACCCAAAUUGCUUCCUCUGCAGCUCAGAAACCAUGUUUGUGGGCUCUCAUCCUCCCCAAAUUCCACACCAUGAACAACUCCAACUGGGUCAAAUCUACUUCCUCAUGCCAAUCUCCAUGUCACAGUCAUCACUCUCUCUGCAAGACUUAUGUUGUCUAGCCAUCAAGGCCAGUUCAGGGCUCAAUAACAACAAUUCAUUCAUGGUCAUGGGGCAUGAAACAACAACAAAAUUAUUAUCAAACUCAUCAUUAUCAUCUCCACAAUUUUGGGACAAGUCCUCUAGGGCUGGAGGGGCUCAGGGGUGUCGUAAGAUUCCGGCUGGCUUUGAUGUGGUUGGGGUGAAUUCUCAGGUGGCGGCGGUGCGUGGCGGCCGGAGAGUUGAGUUCAAUGAUGAACAAUGUUGAGUGGGACAGCCGAAAGGGGUGGUGGUGGUCCAUUCUUGUAUCAAUUCAUUUAUGGGUUUGGUGGUUUAAGUUUUUAUUUCGGAGAAUAUGGAAAAAGUUGAGGGUGGAAAAAAUAAUUUUAAAAUGAUGAUAUUUUAAGGUUUAUUUUUUUUAUUUUUAUUUAUAUAUAUCUAUAAAUUUAUGCCUCAGUUACUUGUAUUUUCAU